AUGGCGGAAUCCUCUCGUAGGUGUUAUUGCAGCGUUCCUCGCUGCUCUAACUCUAAACAGAGACACCCUUACCUGAGUUUUCACGAUUUCCCGAAAGACAAAGAAUUGCGGAGGUCGUGGGUGAGGUUAAUAAGGAGGGAUGAAGGUCCUUUGUUUAAUAUAGUCCGCGGGAGCACUUUCGUAUGUAGCCUGCACUUCGAAAGUGUCGAUAUUUACGUUUCGAAAAGUGGCAGGAAACGACUGAAAACCGGUGCAGUACCUCGCCGUUUUUCCUGGAACAACUGGGGGAAUGACCACAUGUCUCGGGAAUCUGCCUUUGACCGCGCUAGCGCUCGUUUUGGAGUCGACGUUCGUGGAGGGAGUGCUGCUGGUCAGGCUAACGAGGUUUCUACCGUGGAUGCAGUGGUCGAGCUACAACACACAACAGACCACAACUACUACGCGUGUUCCCCUUCUGGUGCAUUGGAAGCUGCUGCUGUAAGAAUCAGAAAAUUGGAGGCCAAGGUCAGAGAAUUAGAAUCUUAGCUCAGGGACCUGACUGCCACAAAUCUACAAAUCAACAGAUUUUGUGCAACUGAUGAAGAGUUCAGAUUCUACACCCGUUUUCCAUCAGAGAAGGUCUUUUGGAUCUUUUGGGAAUCUGUUGCCCCCUCAGCAUCAAGAUUAGUGUACUGGAGUAAAGCACAGAGAGUUGACCAUGUCAUGGAAAUUGAGAAACCCAAAGUCCAAAUCCAAACCGGAGACUAACACUUGUGGAUGAGUUGUUCUUGUACUGCUGCCGUGUUGCAGUUAGCCUGAAAGAAAAGAUCCUAGCAGACAGCUUUGGUGUCAGCACUACAGGUGUAAGCAGAGUGGUCAUCACAUGGGCCAACCAUUUGUGCCUUGUCUUGGGGUCAGUGCCAACCUGGAUGUUAAGGGAGCAAGUCCAAGCAAGAAUGCCAGAGAAGUUAACACGGCACUGUUCAAAUGUGAGAGUGAUUCUGGACUGUACUGAAAUCAGAUGUGAAACACCAUCACUUACGCUUCAGUCUGAAACCUUUAAAAAAAAAAAACACCAUGUUCAAAGCCCUGAAAGGUGUUGCACCUUGUGGUGUGAUCACCUUUGUUUCAAAGCUCUUUACAGGAUGGAAACGGAGCAAACACAAGCCAUAGCUCAUCUCAGAAUCCUGGUGGAGAGAGCUAUAAGGAGAGUCAAGGAAUACCACAUCUGGGAUACAGCCAUUCCUCUCACCCUUUCAGGUUCAGUCAGUCAGCUAUGGACUAACUGUUGUUUAAUGACCAACUACCAAGGUCCAUUAGAUGUGGAAGGUGAUGUACCUGUUUGAAUUAUUCUUGUAACACUGGAAAUAAAACUAUUCGUUGUUUAUAGUUUUAAUCAUUUAAUUAAAUGUUCUUUUCUA